AUGUCUGUGACAUCGUUCCUCCGGCGGAUGUCCGUCGAUUCGGGUUCGCCGAAGUCGAGCCGAUCAAGUCGUGAAUCUCGCGACUCGCGCGAAUCCCCACGACAUCCGACCUCACGUCGUAGUCGCCUCGUGGCCAGCAUCGACUCGGCUCGAAGGCGAUUCUCACUACAACACUGCACCGACGUCUACCACCACCUUCAAGCGGUAGCAAUGGCACGCGAUCAUGAACAGCUCGACGCGGGCAGCUUGCCUGACUUGCAAGAGAAACCACGAUCUCCUCAAGCAAAAAGGGUCUCGCUGGUUGCCGGUGGGGACAGAACGAUCUACCUUCGAAAAAAUCGCAAGAACCCAACCUCAUCAAAGUUUCGCGCUAUGCUACCUUUAAAGGCAUCACCCCACAAAUCUGAGAUGGUUCCGAUUGCAGGUGGAGUAUUCGUAUACGGGAUGGGAGACUACGGAGAGGGAGGUGAUUCCGUCCAUUAUUUGGAUUUUAACUGGAUAUUAACUAUUGCUGAAGCCUAA